UCAUGUUGAUGUUUUGCUUCUCACAUCAUGAAAUCAUGAAUCACCCCUUCAGAAAAUGAGUUGUUUUUCGUGGAUUUCCAACAUGAAAACAUUGAAAAUCAUCAAUUUACGAUGAUAUGAAUGCCCUGAAACUAUCAAGUAAAACAAAUGAUUUCCAAACAUUCAUGUCAGGGAAGGAAUUCAAGACGAACAUCUUGGAACAGCAGUCACAAAAAAUUGUGGAGGAAAUUGUGGAAUUCUGAUCGGAAAAUCCGUGGUCUUUUGGCGGAAUUUCGAGUUUCCCUUGUCAUCUAGGCGGAGCUGACGCACGAAGCCGCCAUCACGGCAACCGACCGAAAAGCGUGUAAAGCGAGUUCGUGCGAAGUGGAGUGUGUGUUGUGGCUCCUUAUUUUCAUUAAUUCUCAUGUGUAUCAAUUGACUAAAUACUCAGGUAUUGGUUUUUCGCAUAGUUUAGAGUCUGGCCUCACUGAAACGUUUGUUCUUUGUAGACGAGGUGAAAAGUUAAGUGUAAAAAAAGUGAAAUUAGUUGCGAGCUUCUCGACGAUGGCUAACCUUUUUUAUGCCGCAUUUACGUGCCUAUUUAUCCGUGCAAAUCGCCGAUAACCGUCUCCACCUUCCAAUAAAACACUGCUGCCAAGGUCUCUUCUUGCCCAGAAAUCGACGUGUUUUGUGCUCAAUCGUUUCGUUUGCCCUCAAAAAGCCCCACAUAUCGUCUGUCCAGGAACGUAAACAAUCCCACUUUUCAGUUCGCUUUUGUCGUACGUGACGCCAGUUCCAGGAGAAUUUUCGCCAGUUUUCAACGAUUCUAUGAAGAAACAACAUGCAAUGAAUCUUGCUUAAUGCAGAAUUGUCCUCAACAUGGAAUAUCCUCUGUGCUCCCUAACUGCUUGGACCAUGUCUUGAUAGGCCCAAGUGGUGUUACUUUGUUUAUCUAAUUCAGGAAUUAUAAAAGUUGCUAACCGGGGGCAAUGCAACAAGUUGAUGCUACUGCCUCUAACAAUACAGGAAAAAUGAAUGAACAGGCAUCAGCAGGAAAUGGGUCUGCAGCAGCACCUCCUCAAUCUGCCGCUACUCCGGCACGAGACAACCGCGAACCUCCGCCAAGAAAUGAACCUGCCGUUGAACCUGUUAAUGGUGUGGUGCAACCUUCAGUCAUGCCACCACCAGAAAGGCCUGGAAGGGUUACCAACCAGUUGCAGUUUUUACAAAGAACGGUCCUGAAGGCAGUUUGGAAGCACCAUUUUUCAUGGCCAUUUCAGCAGCCCGUUGACGCUAAGAAACUCAAUCUGCCGGAUUAUCACAAAAUCAUCAAGCAACCCAUGGAUCUCGGUACUAUAAAGAAGCGCCUGGAAAACAACUAUUACUGGUCAGGAAAGGAGUGCAUUCAGGAUUUUAAUACAAUGUUUACGAAUUGUUAUGUCUACAAUAAGCCCGGCGAAGAUGUUGUCGUAAUGGCUCAGACAUUGGAGAAGGUCUUCCUAACGAAAGUCGCGGAUAUGCCUAAAGAGGAAAUCGUGGUCGAGACGCAAGGAAAAGGAGGAAAAGGAAAGAAAGGUCGUGGAACUAGCGGCUCUUUACUUGCAACUCCAUCAAGAGGUAGGCCUCCUGCUACUGUAUCAUCGACAGUCGCAAAUCCUGUAGCCACAACAACGGGGUCUGGCUGUUUACCUUUGGGCAACGCAGCUCCAACAACGGUGCCUUGCAGUACGGCCACUCCGACGAUAGUGGCCCCAAACAACUCCCAAGUAACUCCCAUUAUUCACAAUGCAGCCGCUGCGUAUGGGGCUCAAGCAUUAGAUCAACCUAUGCCUGCAUUAGGUGUUGUCCCACCAAUACAGCCGGCCAAAAGUAAAAAAGGCGUGAAAAGAAAGGCGGACACAACAACGCCCGCUACUGCGUACGAUUACUUGCCGUCUGGCGAUGGAUCCAAUUCCUCGUCGUCGGCUAGUAAGAUUUCCAAGAGGCGUGAAUCUGGUCGUCAAAUCAAAAAGCCAGUACGCACUCAGGCGCUGGAUGCAAACGGUCCAUACACUGGAGCUUCAGGGUCUGGAAUUCCAUCUGCAGUAGGGCAGCCAGGCGUUCUUGGUCAAAAGUCGAAAGAGAAACUCAAUGACCACCUAAAAGCGUGUAGUGAGAUUCUGAAAGAACUUUUUUCCAAGAAACAUUGUACCUACGCUUGGCCCUUCUAUAAACCUGUGGAUGCCGAGAUGUUGGGUUUGCAUGAUUACCAUGAUAUCAUCAAACAUCCAAUGGAUCUUGGCACAAUAAAAGAAAAAUUGGACAAUCGAGAAUACCAUACUGCCAAGGAAUUUACUGAUGAUGUCCGGCUUAUUUUUUUGAAUUGUUAUAAAUACAAUCCGGCGGAUCAUGAUGUCGUGGCAAUGGCUCGAAAGUUGCAGAACAUCUUUGACCUCAAGUUGGCAAAAUAUCCUGAUUUACGUGAAUUGCAUAGGAUGAGCGCCAUGCUGCCACAAGAGUCGUCUUCUUCUGGGUCAAGUUCGGAAUCGUCUAGUGAGUCGGAAGAUUCCGAAGAGGAGCUACGAAAUAAGGAAAUCAAGCAACUUGAGAAAGAGUUAACGGUCAUGCAGGAGAGAAUGAAGAAAUUCGUUGAGGAGAGCUCGAAGAGGAAACGGGAGAAGAAAAAGCAGAAAAAAGAUAAACCUAAGAAAAGCUCAAUGCCGAAUUUAUCUGGGCUUGGAAGUAGUACCGGCGGAAAAUCUGCGUCAAACUUCGGACCUGGUGGGGUCGGUGGUGGGGGUAAACAGCUUCCAACUGCCCCAGACAGUGUUGGGGUGGAAGCUGCAGCUGACGUCAAGACGGGGGGCGAACGAGGCGGUACGCAAACGGGAAGCGCCGCCGGCACGCGGGCACCCAAGAGCAAAGGUCCUCGAGGUCCAAAAACAGGAGGGGCGGGACUGGCCAGCGGGGCUACAGGUGGACCUCCAGCCAAAAGGGCGAAAACUACCCGGGGAGCAUCGGCUGGAAGUUCAGGCCCUGGUCGCAAAAAGGCUCAAGUGGCCCCCGUGGCUCCAGCAUUCGACUCUGAGGAUGAGGACAGCGCCAAACCGAUGUCGUACGAUGAAAAAAGACAAUUGUCUUUGGAUAUUAACAAGCUACCAGGAGACAAGCUGGGUCGUGUGGUGCAUAUCAUCCAGUCGAGAGAGCCUUCUCUGAGAGACUCAAAUCCCGACGAAAUUGAAAUCGACUUUGAAACCCUGAAACCUUCAACUCUUCGCGAAUUGGAGUGUUAUGUGGCAUCGUGCCUCAGAAAAAAGCCGCGUAAGCCCUACUACAAAAAGUUACCGGGCAAAUCAAAAGAAGAACAAAUCGCUGAGAAAAAGAAGGAGCUUGAAGAUCGACUUUUGGACGUCAAUCAUAAAAUUGGGCCAAGCAAAAAAACGCUUAAGAAAGACAUCAAAGCAGAUGCAACUAGCACAAGUGCGGGUCGAAUGUCUUCAUCUAGUUCUAGCUCGGACAGUGACAGUUCCUCCUCGUCUUUGAGUAGCAGUUCGAGUGAUUCAAGCGAUAGUGAAGCAGAUGCUGGCCGACAGACUAGCAAACAAAAGCCAAGACUCUCGAAUCAGAAAAAGUCGCCGAAUCAUGCGAUAAAUAACUGUGGGGUUCCUGCUAUAGUGCCGUCUACCGUCUUACCACUACAAACGCAGAAGCCGUCGCUUGUUCCUGCUGCAUUGAACCACCCCGCCCACGGCGCAUUGCCAACAGUUGCAGCAAUGUCUUCUGCAGCCUCGAAUUCUUUAACUCCUGCACAAUUUGCUGCUGCGCCACUCGCCACUAACGGUCCAUCGACUGUUCCUAAAGGACCGUUAACUAUGACAAUGCCUGCAGUCCGUAAACAUUCGCCUGUAGACAAACCGCCAACGAUACCGUCGCCUGUUGCAAUGCCCUCCUCUAAUAACUCAAAAGCCUCUGCUGUGCCCUCACCGGAUAAGCCGAAGCCCACGAAUCUGCUAUCGCCUGUAACUGCUGGCCCUCUGCCAUAUGCGGAUCCUCUAGAAGAAAGCUUAGCAAGUUUGGAACACGACAUUACAAAAAAUGGACCGGUUAAUACUUUGUUAGCCAUGUCGACUAUCAGUCAAGUGAAUCAAGCGGUUGCAACAAUUAGUACGAUGGCGCCCAAUAUGCCUCAGCAUCACAUGGGAAUGUCUAAUCAGAUGGGUUCCAAUUUGGACAUCAAACCCUUAUUGGGAGCAGUUGCGUUGCCUCCAAAUUCUCUCAGCGGCCCGCAGCAUCACAACUUGCACAUGGAUCAAGAUAUGCAAAGCUUAAUGCACCAGGUAGGAAUGGGUCAUCCGCACAGUCAGCAUUCGACAGUGCAUGCCCAAAACAAUGGCUACGGCAUAAAGCAUGAAUUCGAGUCCUCAAUGAACUCGAACAGUAAUGGCAUGUCCGCAAUGGGCGGCCUCCCUAUGGACGUAUCCAUACCCUCCAUGUUCGAUCCCUUGCCCACACAUUUGAAUAAUUUGCAAGUUAAGAAAGAAAAUCCGCUAAUAAAGCUUGAAACUUCGGAGUCUUUUGCACUGGCCGAUAAGAAACCCCCAAUGGCAGACCCGAAAUCUUUGGCAUCGUUUGGUGCGGUGGGAGGCGGAUACAAGAUGAAAUCUGAUGUUAAAAAUGCUAGCUCAUGGAGCAGUUUGGCUAAAGCAAAUUCCCCACAAAACAAUGCAAGUGGGAAUAGUAGUAAGCAGCAGGUGAGGCCUGGACCUAUGGUAAUGGAUAGCUUUAAAGUGUUCCAAACUAAGGCCAAGGAAAAGGCAGACCGAGAGAAACAAAGAUUAGAAACAUUGGAGCUGAAGAGGCAACAGAAAGAGCAGGCGGAAAGAGAACGAGCAAGACAGGAACACGAAAGAAGACGGGAAAUGGAGGAGCAGGAAGCACUUGAAAAGGCUCGGCAAGCGGUAGCCGAAAGAGAAAAGCCCACACCAACUCCCCGCGUUGAAGAAUUGAAAUCGUCGCCUGGAGAAGACAGCUCGUCGCCUAGUUCUCUCAGUUCUGGGUCAGAUCGCAUAUCCGACCGCGAAAGACAAAGAUUGCAAGAACAGGAAAGACGACGGCGAGAAGUGAUGGCCAAUAAAAUCGACAUGAAUUUGCAAAGUGAUCUCAUGGCAGCAUUCGAAGGCUCUUUACAAUGACAGAAUUCCAGUCUCUACUGAUUGAUGACUGGUCUCUCUAAUGAUUUGGCCACGUCACUAUCUCUAUAGUCACCUGACUAAAUCAUUUUUAGGUAUAUUUCAGGAAUAUAGAAUUAACUAUAAAAUUAUUGACUUCAACCUUAAAAACCUGACUACCAUAAAAAUGGUCAGUAUUCGAUAUUUACAACCCGGGAAUCCAAUACUGAAUUGUGAACGGCUAAAAUAUUGAGCUCAGUCAUUUUUUUAAAACUGGUAAGCCAAUUGGCUUACGAACAAAUUGCAUGAACAAAAAACUAUGUAAUUUCUUCGUGAGCCAACUCCGUGACUAUGUGACACGUAGUUCUUAUAUUUAGCUGUAAUAAUUAUGUAAAUUUUACUUAUAACUGUAUAUAAAACAUAUUAAAUCAAUAUGAAACAAUACGUGUAAAUAACUUGGGUUCUAGAUGUAGGUGAAGAAUUAAUGUGAAUAUGAUACGAGUGAUUAUAGUUUCGGAUUGGAAGACCCGCUAGUCCCACGUAAAUGACUAGUAAUAUUUUCAUUAACCUCGCGGCUUAUUGAAAUAUGAAUAUAAAAAUAUUGUCCUACUUAAAAGUAGCUUCAGCCUUCAAGCCGAAUACUAAAGUUAAAGCAUUUUAGUACUCGGUUGAGCACACAGAAAUAAUGGUAGGAUUUUAGUGUUAAAGUCAUAUCUUCUUAAUCGAGAAAUAAUUUUCGUAUUAUUAGUUAUGUCCAUAAGAACAAAUAUAGUGUUUCUCAUGAAGGACAUAAAUGUCCAUAGUUUGGACACUGACCCGGAUCCGUUGGGGAUUUCCAAUCCGACAACUCAAUUGUUAAUUAAUUUUAUUAUAAUUGAUUAAAUUAGGUACAAACUUCGAUUUUUUAUUUAAUAAAGAUGUUUGCAUUAAUUUAUUGGUUUGUACAGUUUAUGACUUGGGAGGCGCCAUUUCAGACAUUCAGUUAAACGUUCGUACAUUGUGUGAAAGAUGCUCAUGUGCUCCAGUUACUAAAACUAGGAGUAGUGAUUUUUAGUAACUGGAACAGUUUUCAGUGUGAAAUGCACAGUUCAUUCAGGCAAUUUUUAUUUUUUUAUUAAAAUUUUCUCGCUAGGAUAACGGCAGGAUUGUGUAAUUGUUGCGUUGCAUUGCCUUGCGUAAAUAUUGAUAGUUUGCACGAUAAUUAAUCUUUCUUAGGUUUUCCAAAUAGGCUCUAGACUUUUUUAAAAACAUGCUGCAAGCGAAUCCAAAUUUGUCCCCUUUAAUUGCACAUUCCAUCUAAAUCAGUCAGAAACACGCACCUGCUGUGUAUUGUUAGCAACAUAAAAGUGUUACCUAAAGAGGUAGCAAUUUUUUGCUACUCCGUUCGGUUAACUUAGCCAUUGCUCGCGGGUAUGAAUGGUAAUAUGGUAGCAAUAAUUUGACAUUACUUAUGUUCUAUAUUGAACGGGCCUUUCAUUCAAAUGCACAUGUAUCAUAGAGUAUCAAAUUAUUCGUAAGGUUAUUGUCUUAUCAAAUUCGUUUUCUAGUAUUAUAAUGAAUACUGUGACUAGUAAUAACGGCAAUAGAAUUUGUUACGGUGUGUCUUGUUACAAAUUCCAUCCACCCUGUUUCAGUUCUCGUGUAACAAAUUCUAUCGCCAUCAAAUUUGUAUUUCAUCAAAGAACUUAGCUACUAGUUAAUUGAGAUUUAUUUGGGUCGUUAUUAUUGCAGAUAUCAUGGAAUGAAACCAACAUUUUACUGAUCUUUUUUUACUUUAUUUCAAACUCUUUUCCAGCCAAUUCGCGAUAGCGUCCUGUAAUUAUCUAAACGUGUUGUAUAACAUCCAUGAUAUUUCAAUGUAUGUACAUAAGUUGUAUAUGUUUAAGAUUAUAUUUGCAAAUUGUUAGAACAGACAAAUUUGGAAAUAGUACCAUUUUCAUUAUACAAUUAUGUUUUUACUUUAUAAUAACUUUAUGUAAUAUAAAAUACAAUAUUUUCUAAUGUUUGGCA